AGAUUUAUGGAAUCAACAACUUCAAUCCUUCUCAACUGUCCUUUUAUAUCAAUUUAACUCUACUUCCAUAUACUAUCAAAUCUUAAGAAUUAGACUUUUUCAGUUACAAUCUAAUGAAGGACUUCAUAUUUCUCCCUUG